AUGGUGGCAAAGGAAGAAAUCCAAGUAUGGGAUUAUUGGGAACAGGACCUCGUGUCUAGAUAUCCUGAACCUGUCGAAAAUGACACGAAAUCAAUCGAGAUCCACGACGAAGCCGCAUUUCGAGAUUAUCUGAGUGCGCCCGAUACUGUUCGUCAAUUUUAUGCUAUAAAUCACCGUGAACAGUGUGUUAAACUUAUCAAGGCCAAACGCCAGAAAUACUAUGAGAAGAAUAUUGCAUAUUGUGGAGUAUGGCAAAUGCUUGAGAAGCUUGACUCUCUUGUUGAUGAAAGUGAUCCAGAUACAUCACUCUCUCAAAUGCAACACGCUCUCCAAAGCGCUGAAGCAGCUCGUCGUGAUGGCAGACCAGACUGGUUUCAACUCGUCUGUUUGAUACACGACUUGGGCAAAAUACUCUUCUUUGAAGGUGAACCUCAACAUCUCGUGGUAGGAGACACCUUCCCUGUUGGACUUCCAUUCUCAGCCAAGAUUGUCCAUCCUGAAUACUUUCGAGACAAUCCCGAUAUUCAUAUUCCAGAGUACCAAACGAAAUAUGGAAUUUAUGAGCCUGGAUGUGGAUUGGAUAAUGUGUUGAUGUCGUUUGGCAUGUCCAAAGUCUGUGAAUCAUACUUGCCUAAACCUGCUUUGUCAUGUAUUCGAUAUCAUAGCUUUUACAGUUGGCAUCGAGACAAUCAGUAUCGAGAUCUCAUGUGCCCAGAAGACGAGGAGAAACUGAAAUGGGUGCGAGAAUUCAAUCCGUAUGACCUCUAUAGCAAGCACAAUGAACAGGUGGAUGUCGAACAAGUUGCACCAUACUACAAAGGUAUCAUUGCCAAGUACUUUCCGGAGAAGAUAAGAUGGUGA